UAGAACUUCAAAAUUUACAGGAAGCAAACCAAAACAUUAAAAUCCCUGAAGUUAUAUUUAUUUCCAUCUCAGUCCUCGUGUGCCUGUUUUUUAAUUUCCCAAUUAUCUGUUUUGAUAUAAAUGAAAAUUUGUGGAUAAAAGGUAUACCAAUACAAUGGUAGAGGAUUCUAUUCCACUGAAAACCGACGAGCAGUAUCCUUUACUUAAAGUGGAGACCGGCGGCGGAGACAGCGGUCGGCCUACACCAUCUGUGGUGACUCCCGGUUGGAACGUUGUAGGCUCCCAAAAGAGAUCAUGGCUGGAUCGCUGGCCAGAACUCAUAUCAGCAUUUUGGAUGUCUGGUAUGCUAUUGGGAAUUUUUUGCCUAAUGUUAUAUGGACUCGGACUUGGCGUUGUAAGACGGCAGCCCAUCCUUAUAUUGCACUGCAACUCUUCUAAGCCUGGAACCGAAGUUUACUAUCACCAUAUAGUUGAACGUGGCAGUGUCGUCCCAUUUAAUCUAAUUUCCGAAUAUUUGUCUAACAUGGCCACACUAUAUCCCUUGUUACGGCACAAUAUAAUGUUUUUGAUGGACGACACGUUACAAAGUGAAUACCGAGGCUCCAGACAUUCAAGAUUUUUCAACAAACUGAUACCGUAUCACACUGAACUAGGUAACCACAUAGACGAGAAUAUCCAACAACAACUAAAAGAUUUCCAAUCAAAACAUAAUAACGUGAACGUUACAGUCGUGUCCAUUAGCAAAUAUAUGGCCACAACGCCUUUAAGAUAUAGAUGGAGAACUAUUCCGAUAGCAUAUUUAACAUUUUAUGCAAGAGUGUUCUCUGUAUGGCAAAACGGAGGAAUUGGGAUGGAUUUGGAAGUCUUCAGUGCUCAAUUCAAUCGUGGUAAACUUCCAGACAGAAGAAUCAGUGAGAUUUUAAAGCAACAUAACAAUGGCAUUCAGCCGGAUGAGUAUACUAAUAGUAUCAAAAAAAUUGACAGAGAAGAGCAAAACGAAGUUUUGUCUCUAUUUUAUGGUAUAGUUUCCCAAAUAUUAAAUGAAACUCGGGCCUUUUUCAACCGUACUUUACUUUAUUCUGACGAAAAAGAUAAAACAGCGUUAGAACCGUUAGUUCGCACUAAUAGAAAUAAACGAGAUACUAAGGGAAAUAUAUCACAAAAUAUUACAAACAAUACUGAAAAGAUUUUUACAACAAAAUUAAGCAAUUCAAUAAAUACGACAAAUAUAAACAUAGUUGAUAACGUAUACAAGAAUGAGAAAGUUGGACUCGAUAAACUUAAUACUUCAAAUAAUGUGAAUGAAAUACCGAGAACCAUACGACCAUAUGAAAAUAAAAUACAUAAAAUACAAAACUCUUCAAGUAAUGGGCUUUUGUAUCCAAGCACGUCUGAAAUGCCACAAGUGUGGGUUUUAUAUGAUUUUUCACUUCUUUCUGAUAAUAUCCAGGCGCCCUCGUACCGUUUGCCAGAAUCAUUGAUGCAAGGUAAUACGCCAGUUCUGCCUACUGCAGAUCAUAUGAGUGCAAGGGUGAAUCAUUCUAAGUCAGUGCCUGUUAUUUUAUCAAUAAAUGUCGAAGGAACAUUUAUUGCUGCUUCUUUGAAACAACACCCUUUAUUAGCUCAUAUUGUCUCAGCAAGGUGUCAACGAAUGCCUCCAAAAUUUGCUAUACAGGAUGCCGUGAUUUCACAAUGUUCAAAUUUAUUUAGAGAUGAUUUCUAUUGUAGUAAUAUUUACUUACUUUACUAGCUUACUUUAUAUUUAGUGUAUUGUAUAUUUUUUAUGUUGUUAGGAUAGUAAAGGUAUUUAAAUUUCGUGUUUUGUAAUAAAUUAUGUCUAAGGCGAAU